UUUAUUCAUUGAUGUUCGAGUGUCUGUUUAGAACGGUCGUUUUAUAAAAGUAACUAUAAAAACAAUUGUACAAAGCGUGUAUUAUAUAUAACAAAACUGUGACUAAGUUAAUAAUCUAACGGCGUAUUAUCAAUAAACAUUUCAUUUACAAUAUAUAGGAAUGUGUUGAAGGUAAGGAAAAAAAAAGAGAAAAGUAAAAUAUAACUCAGCAAGAUGUCAAAAAGGAAUUCUGAUGUACAACCAAGGACGGAAAAGAUUAUCAAGCUCUUACCACCGGAUGGAGGGUGGGGUUGGAUGGUGCUAUUAGGCACUGGACUCUCUAAUAUUUUUAACCAGUCCAUGUUGUCUCUAUUCAGCUUGUUAUAUGGAGAUGCUCUAGAAGCUAUGGGACAUGAGACAAAAGGAGCAGCCAUUGUUUUAAGCACUAUGUUAUUUGUCACAAAUUUUGGAGGUCCUAUAGCGGGAGCACUUAUAAAAAUAACGUCACCUAGGUUUGUGGCAGUCCUCGGGGCCUUUUUUUGUACAACCGGUAUAUUACUUAGUGGAUUUUCAACCAACAUUUGGCAUUUAAUUCUCUCUUAUGGAGUUUCACUUGGUUUGGGUCUAGGCUUUAUUCAAAAUGCUUCAUUUGUGGCUAUUAAUGGAUAUUUUAAGUUAAGGAAAAAUUUAGCCGUUGGCCUAGCAAUGGUGGGAACUGGAAUUGGCCAGACGCUUAUGCCGCAUGUAGUGCGAUACUUUUUGGCCAACUAUGGCUUUAAAGAUGCUUGUAUAUUACUGGCAUCAUUAAGUUUACACGGGAUUUGUGGGACGAUGCUUAUUCAACCCGUUGAGUGGCAUAUGAAAAAGAUUGAGGAAGAGAUAGUUAUUGAUGAGAAGAUGUACUUGUUAGACGAAAAAACGGAUGCGAUAAGCAAAAAAGAUUAUAGCAGCAAUGAAACUUCAAAUAAAAAUGGUAGCCAAACUACUUUGCCUGCGGCAACAGACUUCAAUGCGAAAACUGAUUCUAAAUCCGUUAGCAGUAAAGAAAAAAAAAUGAAACAAAGUCCUGAACGGGCUAAAAAUAAAGAUGGUAGUAUGGAAGGACCGACACAAGAAAAAACACUAUUAAGAAAGAUUUACGACUUGUUUGAUAUGUCACUAUUAUCGAAUCCACGUUUUAUUAAUAUUAUUAUUGGAACUGCACUUACUGUGGUUUCUAUACAAAACUUCAGCAUGAUAUUUCCAUUCUUUCUGCAGAAAGCUGCGUCAAUGAAUAAACAACAAACCGCUACUUGUAUGUCAGCUGUGGCUUUGGCUGACAUCAUGGGAAGAAUUGUUUUACCAAUAUUGCAAGAUAGAUUCCAAAUCAAAGCCAGGAUGAUGCUUAUUAUGACUAGCAUUUGGUUGAUAAUUGUAAGACAAAUUUUGGCUUAUCAAAGAGAUCUAUAUUUGUUACUCGUCCUCUCCGCCUUGUACGGAUUUGGAAGAAGCAUGGUAAUUGUAGCUAGGAAUAUAGCUAUUUCAGAACCAUGUAGGACGGAACAAGUGCCUUCUGCUGUUGGUUUAGGCAUGUUAACAAUGGGUAUUAUUGUACCCCCCGUCGGAUAUUUCUUAGGCUGGAUCAGAGAUUAUACAGACAGUUUUUUAAUAUGUAUCACAGCCCAAAACAUGCUACUUUUAUUGUUCCUGGCUAUGUGGAUUCCUGAUAUGUUAUAUUUCUAUUUACAAGAAAAGAAGGAGCGAAAUAAAAAUGUUAGAAAAUCAAUAACUUAGUAAAUGCUGUACCAAAUAAAUGAGAUUUAUAUUUGAUGAAUACUACACACUUGAAAAUUUACUGCAAUAAUAAAAAAUAAAAAUUAAACUUUACAAAAGUGCAGGCUCUAGAUUUUAAAGAUAUAAAAACAAAGAAAUGUUUUCUCACCAGUUAAGCAUUUUAAAAAUAAAAUCUUGAGACUGACCGAUGACGUUAAGCACUAAGCAGAUAAGUUUUUAAUGUAAAUAUAUAAUUAUUAUAAUAUAUAUGUAUAUGUAUACAUAUAAUAUUUUUUUAAGAUAUUGUAUCAUUCAAAAGGACCAGUACGUAAUCUCUAGUCUAAUAAAUU